AUGGUGGCUUUUGUUAUUAUCAUUCUUUCAUACGCCUCUCUUAUUGCAGGAGCACCAUCAGUUUCCUUCCCAAUAAAUUCACAAGUACCACCAGUAGCUCGAGUAUCGGAAGCGUUUGAGUUCGUGUUCUCACCAUGGACCUUUACCUCAAGUGUAAAGCCUAUAUCAUACAAUAUCACCAACGGGCCUUCAUGGCUGAUGCUCGACAGCAAUUCACGAAGUCUAUAUGGCACGCCGAAACAAGAUAAUAUUGGAUCUUUUGAAGUGGUUAUAACUGCGACAGACCAGACAGGGUCAACAUCACACCCAGCAAUACUCGUUGUGUCAUCGGAACCGGGUCCAAUGAUAGAAAAAGACAUCGAUUCUCAACUAAAGAAUGCCGGCAUGAGAGAUGGAAAAGGCGGAAUCGUUUUUUUCCCUGGCCAACCGUAUGAGUUCUCGUUCUUAAAGGAUACUUUUGGCCCUCCUGGAUCUGUAAAACAAUACGAGGCGGUUUCGACAGGAAAUACACCUUUACCGUCGUGGAUUAAUUUCGAUCAAGGACGCCUAAAGUUUUCUGGGGUGACACCUGAUUUAACGUCUUUGAUUGCCCCGCCGCAGUCUUUCGAUGUUACUCUAAUAGCAACCGACUAUCCAGGAUUUGCCGGGCCAUCCGUAUCAUUUCAGAUGGUUGUUGGGCCCCAUCGCAUCUAUUUCAAAGACACACUGUUUACUGCCAAUGCAACUUCCGGAGACCUGUUCAAUUAUAAGGUCCCACGAAAUGCUAUCUUACUAGACAGCGAGCCAAUUGGGCUCGAGAACUUGAGUUCGUUAUCUGUGACCGGGUCUGAUUGGCUUUCGUUCGAUGCGGAUACCUUCUUGCUUAGUGGAACACCACCAAAGGGCACAGAAUCCACAACAGUUAAUCUCGUGGCUCACGACGUUUUCGGAGGCGAGGCACAAGCAAAGCUCCAGAUCAGUGUUACCUCAACGAACACAACUGAUGUUAUAUUUAAGGGAGGAAUUCCUGAUUUCAACACCACUGGCGGAGAGAAUUUUGUGUACUCGAUUGACCGAAAAUCUCUCUCUACCAAAAAUGUUAAGCUCAGUGUGAAGUAUAAUCCGGACGUGGACUGGAUUUCUUUUGAUGCUGAAAACUUGCGUUUUGAGGGUACAGCACCGAAAGAAUCGAUCAGAGUUCAGGUCAUCAUGUCUGCUCAAGCGAUUGGAAAACCUUCAGAGUCUCGCAGUUUUUCGUUAAAUGUUGACGGAGAUGCCAACGUGGAAUCAGUUUCAGCUACUCCAACUAGUAUGUCUACUGGGACAACUACAAGUCAAACAGAAGCCAAAGCGACUUCAAGCUCAGUGACCCGUACAGGAACACCUAAGGCUAAACCCCCCAAGGGAAAGGCGGAUACCAACUCUGAGGCAUCCACAAAACGUAGCCGCAAAAGAACACUAAUAAUUGUCCUUGCAACCGUGCUACCUCUUAUUGUAGUUUGUAGUUUCCUCUUUAUAUGGUACUUUGCCACCCGUCGGUCUACAGACUCGAAUUCAUAUUACAGCCGCUCUACAACCCCCAUAGGUUCAGAAAUCUCUCGGCCCUUUGUACAGCUUCCUCAACCAUGGGCAGUCACUUCGAGCAACCAAAAAGAAUUGGAGACGCCGAGGCGUUUAUCGGCCUUUGGAUACUUCACGACUGAUGGAAGUGGGAGAAUAUCGAACGGGUUCAUGAGUUCAAUGAUGAGUAAUGAUGGGACGAUCCUGCGCCUGCCUUCGCCACCUAUACAUACAGCUUUAAUCCCUUCCGCACCAGAGACACCCGGUGAUAGUGGUACAGUUGGUGCCAUCAACUUUUCUCAACAUCCCGUGAAUCGCAUCUCGUUCCCCACAGGGCCACUGUAUUCCCUAUAUCCCGCAGUCGGCCGCUCAAAUUCUCGAGGAAAGGGCACACAUCCCGCGAUUGCACGAUCUAAUUCUCGAAGAGAAAACAUUGCUCCAGGCAAUCACCGAACGGGCUCCGGAGGAUCGAGCUCACGCCCUUGGGGAGCCAAUAGCCAUGCACUCAGACGGCGUUCAAGCACAUCCGUCAAAGGGAAUAACGUGGGUCACGGUAAAUCCUCAUUUGGAGGACCGCCAGGAUAUGGUGUCCCGAAACGAUCUUGGAAAAGGACAGUAGUUUCACCUAGCCGCUGGCCUGGCGGUAAAAGAUUCAGGGAGAGUGAAGAGACUUUUGAGACUGUUUCGACCGAAAUUUUCAAUCAGGUGCCACAGGUUAGUCAGAAAAAUGAGGUUGAUCAACCCAGUGUUAGGCUGGUUGAUGGAUCUCCUGAGGGAGCUGAAAAGGCGAGUCAAGUACGAGCGAGAGGUUCUUCGCCUUUCUUCGCGGGGUCUUCAACAGCAUGGAGAAGGGGUUCAAAGGUGCACUCGUCAACUGGAGCCGAGUCGAACGAUGGUGACCAAGAUGUCAUAGACGAUGUCAUCAAAACAAUGAUUCGGGAGAAUAGCUAUACGAAGACUAUCGGGACAUAUUCAUCGCUCAAUCUCCCGGAGACACCACUGCGAAGAUAUAACAGUGCUCUCCCAUCUCAUUUUGCGGCCUCAUCGUCGUUUAUGAAUCAUCCUAGUAGGGGCUUGACUGCUGAAGAAGAUGGCGCCUUCUCAAAUGUGGUUGAUGAAAGUGGACAAAGGGUCUGGUAUCCGAAACACUCUACUAGAGAAAGCGGUGUUACAUCAUACAGUCGUGGAGGGUCAUCAUAUUAUCCUUAUGAGCCAUUUGAGUACGGCGUUGCGGUGACCUCCACACGAGCACAGGGGCCAGCCAUGGGAAGACCUAGUACGGAAGAAGAACGGCCAACUCGUAUAGUGGGGGAGAUGCCUAUACCUCCUCUGGUCACGCAGCGAGCAAAAUUAGUGGACUUUACGAAGAAAAGACCAGUCGGUAUCAGUGAAGAGGGGAGUGAGGAGGAAAUAAAAGGAAGCUUCCCGGUGGAUAUGACUUAUCUGUAA